AUGCCGUUCAAUGAGCUCCAUCGUCGGGACUCCUGGCCUCCAACUAUCAUUCAUCUUCGCGAAAACAACGCAGACAUUGAAGCCAUCGAUGAUAACCCUUUCUCCUACUUCCUCACCUCGCCCGAUGAAAUCACAGAUGAGGACAUUGAUGACUUUUCUGCGGGCAUCGAAUCUGAUGAUGAUGAAAAAUCAGAAGUGCGAGAGGUUUCUCCUUCUGCGUUACAGCGGAUGCCUUUGACUGAUGAUGAGGAUGUUUCUUUUGGAUUUGCCAUGCCUCUGAGCUUGAAGGACUUUACACAAGUGCAUGGAAAUGGAAGGGAAUCGCGGGCUGCACACAGAAUGGGUGAACAACUCAAAGGACUCGGAAUUUCCAUUCCAGCCAGCCGCGGUCGAGCGAAGGUACGACUUGCACCCCCACGAGGCCGCGGUCGAGGCCAAGCACGAAGCGUGCCUUUACGGAGACCACACUCAUGGCGCGAGCCUAGUCCUGAUCUUGGAUCUAUAACGGAGGAGCGAGAGAGUGAGGAUGGGGAAGAAGGGAAGGUGAAUGAUGGGGUGAAGGAAAUAGCUAGCGUGCCGGCGACUUCGACGGUACCUAGUAAGGCUGUGGCGAGUUCAAAGUCGAAGAAGAAAGUUCACUGGGUAAUAUGA